GAAUAUUGUUGUCACAGUGAUUGUUGUUUAACUGAUUUAACCAUCUCCUCGGUUCUUUGGACGCUGGGGACGGCAACCGCAGAGGAUAAACCCGAUAAACGCAUGUAAUAUCUGCUGUUUUUUUUUUAUUAUUAUUAUCUGGGACGAAAGUUGCACAAAACAGCAUUAAUUUGUAAAAAUAAAUGAUGUGAAAUACGGCAGCACAGGUCUGGAAAUGCACAAUGAACUAAUUAAAUCGGUCUGCCGCGUAUCUGGUUCGUAGCCGCCUGUCGGUCGCAAACCAAACUACAGAAACGUUUGCUACCAAAACAAAACCAACAAACAAAACGAACUCCCAAAUCAACAUGGGUCUUCCGUGGUGUGCGGACCACAGUAACCCUAAGCACGGCGCUGCUUUUUCGACUGUGAAAAGGGCAUCCGAAUCAUGAUUUGCGCCACGCGAUCGCUACGAUACAGGUGCCGCUCGCCAGCGGAGCGACGACCGCGGAGAAAACAGUUCUAGGACGCGAUGGGAUCGAACGCUUCGGUGCUCCAAUGGCACUGCAAGAGUUGUACCUCCAUAAACCCGACGGACAGCGGGAAGUGCAUCCGCUGCGGAGUCGGACGGACAGUCGCCGAAGACGACGAGUUGUCCAGGGAGCCAUUGCCUCAAAAUUCCAAGGACGGGGCAUCCAAGUUCACGCUGACCUCACGACGGGUCGAAAGCAGAGUGCUACCCGCACCUGAAAGGGGACUCGACCAGGGCUACGAACAACACAUCUACGACCUCCCGUGCGACGACGAAGACACGGGCGAACCCCGGUGCCGUGACAAGAAGCAGCGUUGCGUGAGCUGGCACGGACUUCCGGACGACGACAAUCUCCCGGACCUCCCGGCCGACCUCUCGGACGACCUCCCAGACGACCUCCCCGACGACCUUCCCCUCCCGCCACCACCCGAAGAUGCCGAAGACACAGACUCCGAUGCGUCGGCAAAAGACGACGAGCCUCUCUACGUCGAGCUCUCUCAAUGCCUCUCGGAGGAGUCUGGCGGCACGAGCAACGGCGUCGUCCCGGGAGAGGUGGUCAUCAACGACGCGGCGCCCGCAAGCUACCUGGACCGCACCUUCGUCAAGUGUAUCAAAAAGAAGAAGCCCAAGAAAGACGACGCGGCAGAACAGCGUGGGACGCCCCAGAGGCUGAGCGAGAAGUGGUACUGCUUCAGCUGCCAAAGCUGGAACUCCCUGGUCAACAAAGUCUGCGCGGCAUGCGGAGAACCGUUCUGCGACGACAUAGUUGCGACGGGCACGCUGAACGGCAAGACGUUGGGAAGGGACACGACAACGAGCUCUGCAGACUACGCGACGCCACCGGAGAGUCCCUCUGCUUUGGUGCCGAGCCUGGAAGAAGCGCCACGGCGUCGCCAGCAACCGCUGAUUCGACGCGCCCUUAACCGCCUCUUCCGUCUGAGCGCGGAGGGUGGAGCCCUGAUGUCCGCCAUCGCCAACGCCCACUCCGCGGACGACGUCACACUUUUGGACGCCCCCUGGAUCUGCAGGCGCUGCGAGCGGAACAACGAGGCCUCCGUGGCGAAGUGCCCCUCCUGCGGCCUUCCGCGGAGGCCUGCGGCCGCCACCUUCCCGCUGCUCCUCCCGCGGAACGCGUUCAGCCUUGGCUUUCUCGCGGAGGUGCUGGGAUCCCCGCGACGUCACUUCGCGGCGCGGCGGAGCAGGUCACUGUCCGAGGUGAAAGCGUCGAGCGCUGCGAUGAGCAACGGCGCACCAGAGACGUCGGAGCGGGACGACGACGACGCAUGGACGUGCUCGGGCUGCUCUUUCGCGCACAACCCGCCGCGGGCAGGCAAGUGCGAGGUCUGCGGCACAUCAGACGGGCGUGGGACCAUCUCGCGCUGGGUCUGCGUCAAGUGCACCCUCAUCAACCCGGGGCAGGACCGGUUUUGCAGCGCAUGUGGGGGCUCCAAAUUGAACAGCGUCGCGGCAAAGCGCUACCAGACGCUGCGACCCCACGAGAGCUGGGUCUGCUCGCACUGCACGCUGCGGAACCCCAACCACCUCGCCGAGUGCUGUGCGUGCAGCACGCCGAGGCCGUCGCCGGUCAACGGCGGGACGGUGCGCCCUGGCACGCGGAACCGGAGGAUGACGAAGCUGCUGGGGGAGCCCGCGGAGGACGCCUGGGAGUGUGCCUCGUGCACGUUCCUCAACUCUGGGCCGCACGCGGCCUGCGAGAUGUGCUGCACCUCGCGGAGCCUGGUGUCGCUGAGGCCCGAGGCGGCGAGGCCCAGGGGCGCGCCAGGACGCGGUGAGAGCGAGCUGAUGGAGGAGCUCCGCCGUGUCGAGGAGAGUGAGGCGAGGGAACGCUGGGACCACAUUGUCUCCUUCUGCAAGGCGAACGGCGAGCCAUUUGUGGACGACUCCUUUCCGCCCUUGCUCAAGUCGCUCUACUACAACCCGGACGAGCCGCGGGAGGAGAUCGCAGUCAAGUGGCUUCGUCCCUGCGAGAUCACGUGCGACGCCAAGGAGGCGAAGAUUGCGUGGACGGUCUUCAGGACCCCCAUGCCUUCGGACAUCUCUCAAGGCAUUCUGGGCAACUGCUGGCUGCUGAGUGCCUUGGCCGUUCUGGCGGAGCAGCCGGAGCUGAUGGAGCGGGUCAUGGUGACGCGCUCCGUCUGCCACCUGGGGGUGUACCAGGUGCGGCUCUGCAAGGACGGCCAGUGGACCACCGUGCUUCUGGACGACCUGCUGCCCUGCGACGCUAAGGGAUGCCUCGUGUACUCGCAGGCCAAGCGGAAACAGCUGUGGGUGCCGCUGAUUGAGAAGGCGGUGGCCAAGUUGCACGGGUGCUACGAGGCCCUGGUUUCCGGACGGUGCAUCGAGGGGCUGUCCACCUUCACAGGGGCACCCUGCGAGAGCAUACCGCUGCAGUCCUCUUCUUCUCCCAACGAAGAGGGCAUCGACGAGGAUCUGAUCUGGGCACAACUACUGAGCUCCAGAGCAGCCGGAUUCCUGAUGGGAGCUUCCUGCGGGUCGGGAAACAUGCAAGUGAACGACCAGGACUACCACGCCGUGGGGCUGCGUCCGCGGCACGCCUACUCCGUCCUCGACGUCCAAGACGUGGAAGGUGUGAGGUUGGUGAGGCUGCGGAACCCGUGGGGCCACUACUCGUGGAAAGGGGACUGGUCCGACGGAUCGCCGCUCUGGACUCCCGAGAUGCGGGAGGCACUCAUGCCCCACGGCGCGGACGACGGCGUCUUCUGGAUGUCCUUCAGCGACGUGCUCAAGUUCUUUGACUGCAUCGACAUCUGCAAGGUGCGCCCCGACUGGAACGAGGUGCGGCUGCAGGGGGUGCUCCCGCCCCAGACGGACAAGGACAGUCAGGCGGUAACCCUGCUCACGGUACUCGAGGGCACCGAGGUCGAGUUCGGCCUCUUCCAAGAGGGACAGAGGAGUGCAGAGCGUUCUCGGCGCUGCCAGCUGGACCUCUGCGUGGUGGUGUUCCGGGCGCAGGACGCCGCGGCCGGCCUGGUGGGUCCGCUGGUCAAGCACUCCAAGCGCCAGGUCCGGAGCUUCGUUGGCUGCAACGCGGUGCUGGACCCCGGCUCCUACAUGGUGGUCUGCCUCGCCUUCAACCACUGGCACACCAGCUUGACCAAGAUUGACCAGUACCCCAAGUUCCUGCUGGCGGUGCACAGUUCCAAGCGCCUCCUGGUGGAGACUGUGAUCCCCCACGCCAACGUCCUUGCAGACGCCAUCAUCAACCUGACGGUUGCCAAGGGGAGGCGCCACGAGGGGCGAGAGGGCAUGACAGCCUACUACCUGACCAAAGGCUGGGCGGGACUGGUGGUGGUGGUGGAGAACCGGCUGCCCGACCGCUUCGUGCAAGUCAUCUGCGACUGCUCGGAGAGCAUCAACGUCGUGUCCACGCGGGCCACGCUGCGCACCGUCGACAGUAUACCGCCGUUGCACAGGCAGGUGAUCAUAGUGCUCACUCAGCUCGAAGGCAGCGGUGGAUUCUCCAUCGCCCACCGUCUCACGCACCGGGUGUCCUUCACAGGCGGCCUCCACGACUGGGGGCCGUCCGCGACCAAUCACGUGCCACCGAUCGACCGCAAGGUGUUCGGACUGCACACGCCGAGGCCCCUGUGACCUCCCCUUCCCCCGACCUUGCCCCCUUUUUGGCCACGCCAACGAAUCUCUGACCCCGCCCAUUUGUGCAGUGACCACACCCACCUUGUCUCUGACACCCCUCGCCCUCUUCACUGUGGCCACGCCCAUCUCGUCUUUGACCCCGCCCCCUUUUGCUGUGACCAUGCCCCACCCCUUUCCUCACGAGACUGGUCUCGUCUUGACUUUCCGGUAAAUUGAAUUUCUGGACUUGCACAUUCCGCAGUGUGUGUGUGUUAAUGUCUGUCCUGUAUGUUUUUUCGUUUGUUUUACAUUGCAAGCUUGGAAGUUUUGAAUGUGUCUGCUUUGUUUUUUGUUUUAUGAUGGUAUGAUUGGUUGCUAGUUUUCAUACUCUCAAGAAGGGACAUGACAGUAUGAUACUGAACUUCGUUCACCCCUAAGCUGACAGCACGGUGACUCGUAGAAACCAGUCGUACAUCUAUUUUUUUUUCCACGUGUUCGCGCUCCCGCCCAUGCCCAUGUUUUGAGAGAGGGGUUGGGUGAUGAAAAGGAGGCAGCCGAUUGGUUGGGCAUCUCUGCUUAGGCAGUGAACAGAUUACAGUACUGUCACACAUACUUUGGAUACUUGUUUUCUUUCCGAUUUCUUACGAACGAAAAAAUUAUUGUGUCAAGGGGCCCUCUGUUGAUGCCGAUUUAUACGUACAACAACCAAUCUGGGGGGCUCCUGACAAUUACAAAGUUCUGGAGUUCAGUACAUGCUCUCAUAAAUGUCAAAUGUAGUAUCUGUGUACUAAUGAAAUGCAAAAAUCUCGGGUCCAUUGAAUCAGUUGACUUGCAGUCAUUGCUUACCAGCAUUUUGCUAUCAAGUGUAGGCACUCUUUGUAUGUGCAAAACACUCUUGCACAUACUUUCCAAAAUGCUUUUGGAAAGUUCACUGGCCUACUAAAUCUAUUAUGAACCCCUCCUUUUUUUUAUUUUUAUGCUAACAACAAAACAUGACAACUUCAUGUCGAAUUUUGUCGAGCUUUGGAUGAUGGUAUAUCUGUGCGCAUGUGUAAUCUAAUAUAUGUUUCGAAGUGUAAGUAACGAUUUGUACUUUUAAUUCCCUUGAGCGCCGAACCUUUUGGGGCUGCGAACGACUGGUUGAAUAGAUUACUAGAUUUAGUGUGCAUAUCAUCUAAUGAGCUCUUGCACAUUACGAGGCCAAGAUUGUCACUUGUCGCGGGGUACGAGUCACAGACGUCGGUGAAGAUGAAUGCACGGACAAACAAACGGGAGAUUUUGUACGAGAAGAACUGCCCUUACUAUAAUGUAACUGUAAUAUGCGACAUUCAACGUGCGGCGUUCCUUCGGAACCACUAGCUUUCGAAAAGCGUUUUUCCGACGGCGAUUUUCAGCAUCCUUUUAGGACUGUUGACACCCUUUGUUCGUUGCGUAUUGGUUUACUGCAAGGCAAUGCUUUUGAUUGAUGUCGGCUCAUUUAUUAUUAAUGGUUACUAAUAGUUACUGACAGGACGGACAAUGGCAGGGCUUCCAGCAUGCGCUCGUUGCCUUUCUUCAUGCUUUGGCUGUGCGUGCUUGCUCAAGGCUGACAAGACGCCCAAGUGUUAUAAAGGUAGGAAGAUCGCACUGGAGUCAGAACAUCCGAAGGACCUUCAUGCCGUUUUUAUCCCAUCAGUAACCAUGACCUACAAAACAGGACGGACAACUUAAAUACUCAUCACGACGCCGUACUGGCCUGUGUAGAGACUACGAAGAUUCUUCAUUUACUAACUAGUAUUUAUUUUGUUACCAUUAACUCAUUGUCUAUUUAUUGCUGCAGGAGCCUUUACAACGGCAGUUUCAUACGCCGUUUAUUUAGAAGCUGGCUUAUUGCGAGCGAAAUCUAGUGUAUGCGGAGAGCAAGUCGUCUGCUUCUUGCGCAGGAGUUGAAGCGACGUCAGAAUGACGCCGAGCUCCGAUUGCCUUUGAUUCAAAGGAUAGUGGUAACUCAAUGCUAGAUGCCUUGAGGUCUACCCACCAUUUUUUUUUUUUUCAAUCGGCCAAUGCGGGUGCAAGUUCGUCUGUUUCUUGCGCAGGAGUUGCGGGGACGCCAGAACGCCUAGUUCCGAUAGGCUCCGAUUGAAAAGAUAGUGGGUAGACCUGAAUGCCAGCCACCUUGACGUUUACCCGCUAUCCUUCCAAUCAGAAAUCAGCUUUCCGACGUCGCCGCAAUUUCUGUGCAGGAAGCAGACAAACUUGCACUCUGCACAGGCGAAGUGUCAUUCUUUGCUUAGUGAAGCGUAGUGUACUCGGUUAAAUUUUUGCUAGUCUUUCUUUUCUUAUAUAUAUUUCUAUAUACUUUACACUCAGGGUUAUUUUCCGAAGUCUUGCUUCGAUGAUUUACUUACCUUGUCGGCCGAUUUAUUUUUCUCGUUCGGUUAGUUCAUGAACUCGCGGCGGUAGACUGCCUUUAUCUCUGUGCAAACGAAUUAAGUUCUAGUCAUUAUGUGAGGCGACAUAAGCACAGAGGGUCUCCGCAUGUUUUACGGUGCGGCCAAUUGCAUGCGACGCCGCAGUGCUUUGGAACGCUGCUUUCUUUUACAAAUUCAACAGCGGCAGAGAGGCAGAGACUCGAAGAAGGUGCGACGACGUUGUGAUAAAUGAUUGAGACGGCGGUACUUUUCAAUUGUGGAGCUUGGUACUGGCCCUUUGGCUAUUGCUCUGUAAAUACUAUGGGGAGCGGGGGGAAUUUGUACACCGAGUUGUGCUUCUCCAGUAUGCAUAAGCAGCAUUUAGAUUCGCGUCUACCUAACCUUGUUCGUCGGUGCGACACUACAACGCACACGACAAACUUGUUUGUGUGUAUGAUCUAGCGUGGUCAAGUCGUCUGCGACGUGCGAUCCUUCGAAAUAUUCCACGGUUUUGUUCUGGAUUAGAUGACUAAGCAGUUGAACGGUUUAUCAAACAUAUAGGUUCCAAUUUUUGGGUGGUCUGUUUCCGGUUUAUCCGAGCCCGUACAGAAAUUUCGGGAGUUUGGCACGUUCGUCGAAAAAAGUGUGUCACUUUUUCCACUGGACUUUCUCUAUCCUACUUAACGUUUUUGUUGUUCUUUACAUGCCACAUUCUUUGUUUUCACAAUGUGUAGUGUGUUUGCACCAUUUCAAUGUGUAUAUCCCCGCAUGGAAAGUUUUAUAUAGUCCACUCAAGCCAGUCAUAAAGCAAAAAGACUUUAGUGUAACGUGUAGUGGUUUUCCGCGAUCACAAAGUGUCGAGUGCAAUUUUCUCGGUCAUUUGCGAGACCAUGAGUGGGUCGUGGCACCACUAUGCGGUCGCGUGGUUAGUUUGUUGUUAAAAUUGCGGUCGGUGCAAGUCGCACAAGCUCGUGCGUGCCUAGCACAAAUUUUUGUUUUGACCGCCAGAAUGGCCCUUGGUAUAUAUCUAGUCCGAAACCCAGUGAAUGCUCAUGCUCGAAUCGUUUCAACCUUUUUAUACGUUUGUUUCGUUUCUCUUGGUGCAGUACAUUCAUGCUGUUACUUUUGAGAGUUGGCAUUGCUAUUUUAUAAAAUAAACUUGCAUACAAAAU